AUGUCCUCGUCCUCAUUUUCCAGUCCAUGGAAGGCAAGGGAAGAGGCAGGAGAAGGGCCGCGAUCCGAUCAAUCAGUUGAUGAACAUCGUUCCGUUCUCCGAACUGCCCAUGCCCAUGCUUGCCAGUAUGCGUGGUACCAGGGAGGGCCAGCGGAAGGCGGAUCCGGCAUGCUGAACCUCGAGCUCAAGAGGAGCCCUGGUGGAUACGAGCUUCCAGCAAUCAAGGCCAUGCUAGCACGGAUGAGGUAG